AUGCCACGUUCCUUCCUGGUGAAGAGCAAAAAGGCGCACACCUACCACCAGCCUCGCGCCAAGGAAGAGGACCUGGUCUGGUCUCCUGCCCCGAGCCCUGGGGCCAGCAACCAGGUUCUGAGCAGCAGCCUUGCUCUGGGCACGAUGCUCCCAAUCCCAUACUCCGACUGGAAAACUGUGAAGCAGCAGCCAGAGCUGGAGCCACAGCAGAGCCUGCCUAGGACAGCUGUGGGGCCAGAGGGGCCCGCGGUGGCUUCCCAACCGCUGGACAGUGACUCGCAGCUCUCCGACUCGCCCCCUUUCUACAAGCCCAGCUUCUCCUGGGACGCACUGGCCUCGUCCUACGGCCACAGCUACCCGCAGACGCCGUCCACCAUCCAGUCAGCCUUCCUGGAGCGAGCCGUGAGGCUGUACGGCAGCCCCCUACUGCCCAGCGCAGAGCCGCCCCUGGACUUCAGCCUGCGCUACUCCCCGGGUGUGGACACGUACCACUGCCUCAAGUGUGGCAAGGUCUUCUCCACCCCGCACGGACUGGAGGUGCACGUCCGCCGCUCGCACAGCGGGACUCGGCCCUUCGCCUGCGAUGUCUGCGGCAAGACCUUCGGACACGCCGUCAGCCUGGAGCAGCACACGCAUGUCCACUCCCAGGGGAUCCCGGCCGGGUCCAGCCCCACGUCCAGCUUGGCUCUCCCGGGCCGUGAGGCCCCACCUGCUCCUGACCCCCAGGGGCCUCGUUUCCUCCGGCAGGAGCGCAGCUUCGAGUGCCGGAUGUGUGGCAAAGCCUUCAAGCGCUCGUCCACCCUGUCCACACAUCUUCUCAUCCACUCGGACACCCGACCUUACCCCUGCCAGUUCUGCGGCAAACGCUUCCAUCAGAAGUCAGACAUGAAGAAGCACACCUACAUCCAUACAGGUGAGAAGCCCCACAAGUGCCAGGUGUGUGGCAAGGCCUUCAGCCAGAGCUCCAACCUCAUCACGCACAGCCGCAAGCACACGGGCUUCAAGCCCUUUACCUGCGACCUCUGCGCCAAGGGCUUCCAGCGCAAGGUGGACCUGCGGCGGCACCGCGAGAGCCAGCACAGCCUCAAGUGAGGCCGCUGCCUGAGCCUGUCACCUGGGCUGGCCUCAGCGCUGCAUCUCCAGUCUGCCUGAGGUAGCACCCCAUGGGAGACUUGAGCUCGUUCAGGACGCCCGGAAUUAUCCCUUGA